ACACAGAUACAGACACAGAUACAGAUACAAAACACACUGAUACACACUCACAGAUAGACAAUGAAGACCUCCUCAGUCCUGCUUGUGUGCAUUCUGGCAGCAUGUUCAGUGUGGACAGUGCACGGAAGAUGUGUCGAGAUCAGCAACGAUGAUCAAGUGCAGAAUGACCUGGAAGUCGAUGCAGCUGCACUAAAGCUUCCAGGCUUAUGCUGGGCAUGCAAGUGGACGAUGAACAAACUAAAGAAGUUUGGUGGAGCUAAUGCCACUGCAGAGUCCCUGAAAUCGAAGUUACUGUCCGUCUGUGAUGAAAUCGGCCUCCUUAAACCUCUGUGCCGCAAAUUUGUGAAGAAAAACCUCGGACAAUUAAUCGAAGAACUUACGACCACUGAUGACGUGAGGACCAUCUGCGUCAAUGUCAAUGCCUGCCAGCCAAAAUUGGAGCUCCCUUCUGACAAAAGCUAAUAAGAUUUACCAUUUCCAGUUGAGGAAUAUAUCAGACAUCACAUGGAUGGACAAUAAACUGCAUUAACCCAUAAAGACCCAGUGCUACUUUUGUGGCAGUUCCCAACUGAAUUUUUCUCAAUAUUUAUCACCAAUAAUUGUAAUAUUACCUCCCUUAUUUUGCAUUUUUUCCAGUGUAAAUCAUGUAAUUUCCUAUAUUUAAUUUGCUGAUCAUGUAGAUGUUCAUUAAAGCUCAGAGUAAAGUUGAGGUUCAUUCUAU